GACACUGACUCAUGUGACUUGUGUCUUUACUAAGUGUAUUAUGUGAUGCCUGUUCAUGGCUCCUAAGUGGCUCGGAAAGGUAGGGUAGGGCCCGGGAUUGGGCUAUGUAAACACCAGACCUUCGGCCGGCGUGUUUUUGACCUCGGCUUGAGGGGUUUAUUUUAGGAUGCUAAAGGAAUAGUGAUGGUGGCCAACCAUGUUACCAGACUUGGGAAUCGAAAGCUGUUUUUUUAAUGUCAAUAAUUGAGGCUGUUUACAUAGUUAAAUAAAGGGUAAAGGGAGCGCAACAAGAGGGGCUUUCUAGAAAACAGUCUGCAUAUUCUUUAAUGAAUUAGAGUUUUGAUUUCAUCUUGGUGAAGCUUCCUCAUUCCAGCACUGCGCCUUUGUGCACAUGCAGGACCUGGGUUUUCGGAACGAUAUUUUGAAUCAUAGUUUGUGUGGCCGGGGAGAACCCCUUAGAAUACUUGGGUAGGUAAAUUCCAGGUUAUCUCAGGGGAUCAUUUCUACUGCGACUUUUGAACCACUGAGGGCAGUAUUGGUCAUAUGUUAUCCUGCUUAGAAAUUGAAUUUUUCUGAGUAUUUGCUUACAUUGCACCGUACAAAAUUUGUUUAUGUGCUGGAUUGAGUGUUUUAAGAAAACUUCUGGAAAAUACUCAAAAUACCGUGUUGCUAAGUUAGUUUGGAUAAAUCGAAACACUUUGCUCUCAGAGCAACUACAGUCUUAACAAUUUAACGUGUCUUUGUAUUCAGGUUUUAAGUUUUUUUGUUUUUUUUUUUCUUUUAACUGAAGCACUGAAGUCCGAUUGACAGCAUAGAUCUCCAUCUAAACAUCACAUGUUCUGGAAAAUUUUAAUUAUCAGAUUAACUGUUCUGCAGUGUCAUCAGCCAAAAUUAUCUGAAGAGGACUGUGUGUGUUUACGUGUGUGUGUGUUUCUGCUUUGGGACAACCAUACAUCUAAUUCCUUAAAGUAGUUUUAUAUGUAAAACUUGCAAAGAAUCAGAACAAUGCCUCCACGACCAUCAUCAGGUGAACUGUGGGGCAUCCACUUGAUGCCCCCAAGAAUCCUAGUAGAAUGUUUACUACCAAAUGGAAUGAUAGUGACUUUAGAAUGCCUCCGUGAGGCUACAUUAAUAACCAUAAAGCAUGAACUAUUUAAAGAAGCAAGAAAAUACCCCCUCCAUCAACUUCUUCAAGAUGAAUCUUCUUACAUUUUCGUAAGUGUUACUCAAGAAGCAGAAAGGGAAGAAUUUUUUGAUGAAACAAGACGACUUUGUGACCUUCGGCUUUUUCAACCCUUUUUAAAAGUAAUUGAACCAGUAGGCAACCGUGAAGAAAAGAUCCUCAAUCGAGAAAUUGGUUUUGCUAUCGGCAUGCCAGUGUGUGAAUUUGAUAUGGUUAAAGAUCCAGAAGUACAGGACUUCCGAAGAAAUAUUCUGAAUGUUUGUAAAGAAGCUGUGGAUCUUAGGGACCUCAAUUCACCUCAUAGUAGAGCAAUGUAUGUCUAUCCUCCAAAUGUAGAAUCUUCACCAGAAUUGCCAAAGCACAUAUAUAAUAAAUUAGAUAAAGGGCAAAUAAUAGUGGUGAUCUGGGUAAUAGUUUCUCCAAAUAAUGACAAGCAGAAGUAUACUCUGAAAAUCAACCAUGACUGUGUACCAGAACAAGUAAUUGCUGAAGCAAUCAGGAAAAAAACUCGAAGUAUGUUGCUAUCCUCUGAACAACUAAAACUCUGUGUUUUAGAAUAUCAGGGCAAGUAUAUUUUAAAAGUGUGUGGAUGUGAUGAAUACUUCCUAGAAAAAUAUCCUCUGAGUCAGUAUAAGUAUAUAAGAAGCUGUAUAAUGCUUGGGAGGAUGCCCAAUUUGAUGUUGAUGGCUAAAGAAAGCCUUUAUUCUCAACUGCCAAUGGACUGUUUUACAAUGCCAUCUUAUUCCAGACGCAUUUCCACAGCUACACCAUAUAUGAAUGGAGAAACAUCUACAAAAUCUCUUUGGGUUAUAAAUAGUGCACUCAGAAUAAAAAUUCUUUGUGCAACCUACGUGAAUGUAAAUAUUCGAGACAUUGAUAAGAUCUAUGUUCGAACAGGUAUCUACCAUGGAGGAGAACCCUUAUGUGACAAUGUGAACACUCAAAGAGUACCUUGUUCCAAUCCCAGGUGGAAUGAAUGGCUGAAUUAUGAUAUGUACAUUCCUGAUCUUCCUCGUGCUGCUCGACUUUGCCUUUCCAUUUGCUCUGUUAAAGGCCGAAAGGGUGCUAAAGAGGAACACUGUCCAUUGGCAUGGGGAAAUAUAAACUUGUUUGAUUACACAGACACUCUAGUAUCUGGAAAAAUGGCCUUGAAUCUUUGGCCAGUACCUCAUGGAUUAGAAGAUUUGCUGAACCCUAUUGGUGUUACUGGAUCAAAUCCAAAUAAAGAAACUCCAUGCUUAGAGUUGGAGUUUGACUGGUUCAGCAGUGUGGUAAAGUUCCCAGAUAUGUCAGUGAUUGAAGAGCAUGCCAAUUGGUCUGUAUCCCGAGAAGCAGGAUUUAGCUAUUCCCACGCAGGACUGAGUAACAGACUAGCUAGAGACAAUGAAUUAAGGGAAAAUGACAAAGAACAGCUCAAAGCAAUUUCUACACGAGAUCCUCUCUCUGAAAUCACUGAGCAGGAGAAAGAUUUUCUAUGGAGCCACAGACACUAUUGUGUAACUAUCCCCGAAAUUCUACCCAAAUUGCUUCUGUCUGUUAAAUGGAAUUCUAGAGAUGAAGUAGCCCAGAUGUAUUGCUUGGUAAAAGAUUGGCCUCCAAUCAAACCUGAACAGGCUAUGGAACUUCUGGACUGUAAUUACCCAGAUCCUAUGGUUCGAGGUUUUGCUGUUCGGUGCUUGGAAAAAUAUUUAACAGAUGACAAACUUUCUCAGUAUUUAAUUCAGCUAGUACAGGUCCUAAAAUAUGAACAAUAUUUGGAUAACUUGCUUGUGAGAUUUUUACUUAAGAAAGCAUUGACUAAUCAAAGGAUUGGGCACUUUUUCUUUUGGCAUUUAAAAUCUGAGAUGCACAAUAAAACAGUUAGCCAGAGGUUUGGCUUGCUUUUGGAGUCCUAUUGUCGUGCAUGUGGGAUGUAUUUGAAGCACCUGAAUAGGCAAGUCGAGGCAAUGGAAAAGCUCAUUAACUUAACUGACAUUCUCAAACAGGAGAAGAAGGAUGAAACACAAAAGGUACAGAUGAAGUUUUUAGUUGAGCAAAUGAGGCGACCAGAUUUCAUGGAUGCUCUACAGGGCUUUCUGUCUCCUCUAAACCCUGCUCAUCAACUAGGAAACCUCAGGCUUGAAGAGUGUCGAAUUAUGUCCUCUGCAAAAAGGCCACUGUGGUUGAAUUGGGAGAACCCAGACAUCAUGUCAGAGUUACUGUUUCAGAACAAUGAGAUCAUCUUUAAAAAUGGGGAUGAUUUACGGCAAGAUAUGCUAACACUUCAAAUUAUUCGUAUUAUGGAAAAUAUCUGGCAAAAUCAAGGUCUUGAUCUUCGAAUGUUACCUUAUGGUUGUCUGUCAAUCGGUGACUGUGUGGGACUUAUUGAGGUGGUGCGAAAUUCUCACACUAUUAUGCAAAUUCAGUGCAAAGGCGGCUUGAAAGGUGCACUGCAGUUCAACAGCCACACACUACAUCAGUGGCUCAAAGACAAGAACAAAGGAGAAAUAUAUGAUGCAGCCAUUGACCUGUUUACACGUUCAUGUGCUGGAUAUUGUGUAGCUACCUUCAUUUUGGGAAUUGGAGAUCGUCACAAUAGUAACAUCAUGGUGAAAGACGAUGGACAACUGUUUCAUAUAGAUUUUGGACACUUUUUGGAUCACAAGAAGAAAAAAUUUGGUUAUAAACGAGAACGUGUGCCAUUUGUUUUGACACAGGAUUUCUUAAUAGUGAUUAGUAAAGGAGCCCAAGAAUGCACAAAGACAAGAGAAUUUGAGAGGUUUCAGGAGAUGUGUUACAAGGCUUAUCUAGCUAUUCGACAGCAUGCCAAUCUCUUCAUAAAUCUUUUCUCAAUGAUGCUUGGCUCUGGAAUGCCAGAACUACAAUCUUUUGAUGACAUUGCAUACAUUCGAAAGACCCUAGCCUUAGAUAAAACUGAGCAAGAGGCUUUGGAGUAUUUCAUGAAACAAAUGAAUGAUGCACAUCAUGGUGGCUGGACAACAAAAAUGGAUUGGAUCUUCCACACAAUUAAACAGCAUGCAUUGAACUGAAAAGAUAACUGAGAAAAUGAAAGCUCACUCUCUGGAUUCCACAUUGCACUGUUAAUAAUUGUCAGCAGGCAAAGACCGAUUGCAUAGGGAUUGCACAAUCCAUGAACAGCAUUAGAAUUUACAGCAAGAACAGAAAUAAAAUACUAUAUAAUUUAAAUAAUGUAAACGCAAACAGGGUUUGAUAGCACUUAAACUAGUUCAUUUCAAAAUUAAGCUUUAGCAUAAUGCGCAAUUUCAUGUUAUGCCUUAAGUCCAAAAAGGUAAACUUUGAAGAUUGUUUGUAUCUUUUUUUAAAAAACAAAACAAAACAAAAAUCCCCAAAAUAUAUAGAAAUGAUGGAGAAGGAAAAAGAAUGAUGUUUUUUUUUGUCUUGCAAAUGUUCUGUUUUGAAAUGUGGACACAACAAAGGCUGUUAUUGCAGUAGGUGUAAGUAAACUGGAGUUUAUGUUAAAUUACAUUGAUUGGAAAAGAAUGAAAAUUUCUUAUUUUUCCAUUGCUGUUCAAUUUAUAGUUUGAAGUGGGUUUUUGACUCCUUGUUUAAUGAAGAAAAAUGCUUGGGGUGGAAGGGACUCUUGAGAUUUCACCAGAGACUUUUUCUUUUUAAUAAAUCAAACCUUUUGAUGA